CCACUUUUUUGUAUGUCAGUAUUGUUCGAUAUUUUGACUCGCGAAGUUGUCGUUUGGGGACUUUUUUUUAUUCUACGGCAUUAAUUUUAUUAAUUUGCAUAUCCGUAGAUCAGCUAGUUUUUGUUGUCAGACCAAAACAAGUCUUUUAAUCGAUAAGGCACAGAAGGAAUUUCAUUCAUUGAUAGAAAUAAGUGGAAUUAUCAUGAAUUAUAAUUGAUUGCAUUCUUAAAAUAUCGUAAUAAUGUGGGGGAACUGAAUAUUAUCAUCUAUGAAUGGCACUGGACGUAGAAUAAUAAUCACAAAUACAGUCUAAAAAUCGUAAACUUUUUUUUUAUCUCAUUCACGAAGUUUUGAUAAGAAAAAAAAUUAUUUUCCAACCCAUUUUUUCGUGCGAAAAAGAAUUACAAUGAAGAAAAAGCUUGAUGCAAUUCCAUUAACAGUGAUAAGUGACGAUGUUUCGGCUAUCGAGUCACUCCAAAGCAAUGAAAGUGUUGGCGAUAGUGUUUUUGAUUCGGAAAAGCAGCAGACCGAAGCUGUGAAAAAACUGGGCCAUUUUGGACGACGGUCAUUACGAGUCAAUUCAACAUAUAUAUCACAGAAAGAUCAAUUUAGUCGAUACAAAACGGCACUUGCUACAUUCAUACCAUUUCGAUCAAAAGUCACAAAAACGAUCAAUUCGGAACUGCCAGUUGACUCGAUCGGUUGUUUUUCAAAUUUGUCAUUCUCUUGGGUUAAAGAUUAUUUAGUAUUACCUCACAAUGAUCCAAUGAUGGAUAGUGCUGAGCAUCGUAAGAAAUAUGAGUUGGACAUAACACUACCAUACAAUGACAGUGCAGAUGUUAAUGGAAAAAGAUUAUUGGGAAUUUAUAAAGAUGAAAAGCAGAGCCAUGGAAGGCACGGAUCUAUGAUGAAGGUUGUUUGGAAUUUCUGCAAAACGAGAGUAAUUGUGGCUUCAUUGUUCUACACAUUAUCAGUAUUAUGUGCUUUAAGUGCACCUGUGAUAUUCCUAAAAAUGACAUUGGAUGCUUUAGAAAUGGAAGGUGAAAUAAAUUCAAAUGGAACCACAAGUAAUGGAGGAACGAUAAAUAACACCACAUUUAUUGGAAUUAACGAAACGUUAAGUAGAAAUACAACUUUGGCGCCACCAACUACCCUUGCCAUUACCACAACUAUUCAAGCUUUAGUUGACAGAACAACUCAAGUUAGUGUCUUCAAGUUCUUUCAAUUUUCAUUUAGCUUCUACGGAAGAUUUAAGUGUAUUUACUAUAUGCUUGGAUUCAUCGGAUGCUUCUUUGCUGCUAUGUUCUUUGAUAGCAUUACAAAAUGGCUCAACUUACGAACAUCAAUUCGUCUAAGAACAGCAGUUUUGUCAGCAACGUAUAGGAAAGCGAUAAAGUCGUCAAUUGUCAAUAAUAUUGCACCACAUCAGAUCUUAACUGACGAUAUUGACAACAUGAUGGAACUUGUCGAUUACUUAACAAAAAUAUUAGGAACAGUAAUUGCGAUGAUUCUGUCGUUAGUGGCGUCAGUCAUGUUACUAAGAAGUCCUGCUGUGUGGCCUAUAUUUGCAUGCAUUGGAUUCUUUUGUAUCCCCGUUAUCCUUGCCAAAAUAUCUACAAAUCGCUUCCGAAAAUGCCAGCAUUAUUUGCUCAAAAAGGUUACAUUUAUUGAAAGCUUUUGUGUUAAUUUUAAAGACAUCAUUGUCCAUUCAUUAUCAUACGAAUACAUCAAGAACUUUUACUAUCUUAAUUCCGCACAGUUUUCUGCACUUCGCAUCUCAAAUGUCUUUUCUGUAGAAAUUUAUGAAGGUCUUACGUCUGUGCUGCUUGGUGGAUUAUACUUGAUUUGGUGUGAUGCUGACAUCUUUACUGAUAAUGUCGAGACAUUAGUUCUUGUGAUUGUUUAUGUUUAUUUCAUUAAGAACUAUGUCUCGGAUUAUUGUCACUCAAUUCAGGCUAUUUCUAAUGGAAAAGGAAGCUUAGAGAAGCUCAAGAAUUCAUUUGCAAUGCUUGUCGACCCAGAAUUAUCAAGAGUUAGGACAAUUGACACUCGGGUCCUAAUAUCCAUGAGUGACUGCCGAUUCAGCUGGGAUGAUAACAUAAGAUUCACUUUAGACGUAUCAAAAGGAGAAGUCCUUGGUGUUUGUGGCAAGCAUAAAAAAGCUCUGAUCUAUGCAAUACUAGGUCAUGGAGAAUGUAAGGAAGGAAUCAUGAGACAAAGAGGAGUUGUUGGAUUUUUCAGUGAAGAACCUUUCAUUUGUAUUGGAUCUGUUAAGGAUAACAUUUUGAUGGGAACUGAUUUUGAUGCUAAACGUUAUUAUGCAGCAGUAACAAUGACUAAUUUGAAUGAUGACGUAUUACAGACACUUGGAACUGACGAAUUACCAAUCGAAAUGCUUGAUUUGAAUCAGCAACAGAAACAGAGGAUUGCACUAGCUCGUGCUAUUUAUAGCGACCGAGAUAUUUAUUUGUUCGAUGAGCCAUUCAAAAAUGCUGUAUUUUCGUCGAAUAUUCUCCAAUUGUUUGCCAAUAUCGUUCACCACAUUUCGUCUGAUCCCAACAAAGCAAUCAUCAUAUGCAGCACUAACACUCAAAUAUUAAAUAUUUGUCAAAGAGUUUAUGACUCAAGUGAGAAUCGAGUUUAUUCUCAUGCUGAAUAUGAAAGAAUUUCGACAUUAAGUUAUCACGAGAAUCCAGUCCAUUACACAUUCGAGAACAUCAAAGGAUGUAGUUUAAAUGCAUUGACUGUCUACAAAAUGCCAAGUCGUUUCCACGUUCAAAUUAUUGAUGAGAGUCAUAGUAGAACAUCACAACGUGGAGAUGAAUCAACAGAGCAUCUUAUUGCCAAAAAUAAAUACAUUCAUAAUUUUUCAAUUGGAAUCGUUAACAUCAUCUUUAUAUCAUUUUUCACAACGUUAACUGUGCUGCUGUAUUUAUCAUUGAUUGUUGGAUUCAUUUGUAUUGUUAUGGAUGCUAAAGUUGCCCCAAUGCUCAAUUUGGUAUUUUUAGGAUGCUUCGUAGCAGCAUUUUCAAUAGAAUUGAUCAAGAAGAUUUAUGUGGCGAAAUUGAUUGAAAUUAAAUUGAAAAAGUUCCACAAAAUGAUUUUUGAAAAGCUUCUAAAAACGAGUCUGGACUUUUUGUGUGGAACAAAUAUAGCUGACAUUUUAAAUUGGUUCAGUAUAACAUUUUAUACACUCGCUCAACCCUAUACCAAACUUAUAGAGUCAAUAAUCAUGAUAGCAUUAGGUGGAUUGAUACUAUUACUCUGUAACUUUUGGCUCACAUCAGCCGUUAUUCUAAUUCUCAUUUUCGGACAAGUUGUUUCUGCUCAUUACAUAUUCGAGAAACGAUUGAGGCCAACAUUAAAUUACUAUACACUUGUUGAGUACGAGUCGAGGAAGAAAAUGCUUGCAUUGAUCAUAAACAAUUUGCGUGGUCGUGAUGUCAUUCAAUCAUUCGAAAAGACAUCGGAAUUUUGUCGCGACUUCAACACAGUCGUCGAAGACAACUCAACAUCAAUUUUCCUACAAAAAUCACUUAAGAACUACGUUAGUUUUACAGUACAAAUUUUGAUGGCUAUAAAUGUGACAGUUAUCACACUAAUGACACUCUUAAUAGGCGAGAUUUCCAUAUACAAUUAUCUACUCUCUAUCUUACUGUAUUAUCUACUCAUGCAUUACGUCAAUGAGGCAAUCCUUGCUUAUCUUGAUUGGCUGAUUAUGAACUGCAGACAGAACUUGAUUAAUUCUGAAAUUAAAAAUAUUGCAAAAACAUCGCAAAUAAGUAUGUUGUAUGAGUCAACACAAUUAGGAACGGGUGAUGGAUUAUCAAUUGAGUUCAAAGAUGUUCAAAUAAAAUUAUGCGGGAAGAGAGUGUUGGAUAUACCACAUUUAACUAUUGAGAAAUUCGACAUAAUUGGAAUGACGGGAAAUUCAUCGCAUUUAAUUACAUCUGUGCUGUUUAAGUUGAUUAAACCAGUUGUUGGAUCGAUUUCAAUUGAGUCGUAUGACUUGAAUGUAAUUAGCCAGGAUAAUUUGAGUAAAGUGAUUGCUGUUGUGCCACAUGACUUGAAAAUUCAGAACAUAACGAUAGCAGAAUUCCUUAAUCCAAACAAUUCAAUUCCGUACAAGUCUAUUUCAAAUAAGAUUCAAGAAGUCUUGCCACAAAUUCUUAAAUUACCAAAUAAAACCUCAGAACUAAUGCAAUGUUUAUCACGUAAGGAGAAGCAGCUAUUAUGCUUGAUUAAGGCUACAUUAAAGCCACCAGAACCAAAACUUGUUAUAAUUGAAUAUCCCGACAUAGAAAUUCAGCCAAUCAUUAAUUUAUUUGUAAGACGUGAAUUUAAUACAAAAACUGUAAUCAUUAUAGGAACUAACCAUAGGCAUUUUGAGGCAUGUAACAGGAUUAUUAAUUUUGACAUUCAAAAUAAAUAAUUGACUUAUAAUUAGUCAGAUAAAUAAACCAU